AUGGUUACGACUUCAUUUAAACUCAACAAUGGCCUGCAGAUGCCAGCUCUUGGCCUCGGAACAUGGCAAUCUCAAGCUGGCGAGGUCAAAACCGCGGUUUCUUACGCCCUCCAGAACGGCUACAAGCUCAUCGACGGCGCCUACUGCUACGGCAACGAGGACGAGGUGGGCGAGGGCCUCAAGGAGGCUUUCGCAGCGGGCGUAAAGCGCGAGGAUGUCUUUGUCGUGACAAAAGUGUGGGCGACGUACAACACUCGUGUUGCGGAGGCGCUGGAUAAGAGCUUGAAGAGCCUGGGGCUGGACUAUGUUGAUUUGCUGCUGGUGCACUGGCCUCUUCUGCUGAAUCCCAAUGGCAACCACGAUAAGUUCCCUACUCUGCCCAACGGCAAGCGAGAUGUCAUCCACGACUACAACCACGUCGAUGGGUGGAAACAAAUGGAGGCCGCUCUUGCGUCCGGCAAGACCAAGUCUAUUGGUGUCAGCAACUACAGCAAGCGGUAUCUCGAGCAGCUCCUCCCUAACGCCACUGUGAUCCCCGCCGUCAACCAGAUUGAGAACCACCCCAGCCUUCCCCAGCAGGAGAUUGUCGACUUUUGCAAGGAAAAUGGCAUCCACGUCAUGGCUUACAGCCCUCUGGGCAGCACGGGCAGCCCUCUCAUGACCGCAGAGCCGGUGGUCAAGAUUUCCGAGAAGAAGGGCGUUUCCGCAGGAACAGUAUUGCUAAGCUACCACGUCAACCGUGGCAGCACAGUUCUUGCAAAGUCUGUCACGCCAUCGCGCAUCAAGUCCAAUCUGGAAAUUGUUGCUCUCGAUGACGAGGACAUGAAGCUGUUGAACGACUACUCAGACGACCUGACCAAGAAGGGCGAGCUGAAACGCUACGUCUACCCACCAUUUGGCAUUGACUUUGGCUUUCCUGAUAAAUCAUAA